UCGAAUGUGGCAUGCUAAAUCGCUUGCUCCCUGACAUGUACAUCUUUACUGAUCACUACACUGGUUCGGAGUCCGGGAAAUCUCCGGGAUAUGGGAUCUCAUUGGUGGCAGAAACGACCACUGGCUGCAUUUUAAGCUCCGAGUGCGCGGCUACGCAUUCAGGAGCAUCCAAGCUCCAGCUUCCAGAGGACCUGGGGACGCAAGCAGCCAUGUCCUUGCUACAGGAGAUAAAGCUGGGAGGAGUUGUCAAUUCAACUCACCAAGUAUUUAUCUGUGAAGCUGGAAAGGAGAGAAGGCGAUCUCACAAACUUUCCUGUUUGCCAUACAGGGGUUGCUGUUCCCGACCAUCAAAGAAUUCUUGGGAGUACAGUUUAGUAUCAAGCCUGACCCAAAUCAGUUAUAUGGAACUUUUUCUAGAAGCCAUCGGUCUUUUCCAGCAGCAGUGCGUCCACUCUCCUUGAUGUGCACAGCAAUUCGAGCUGCGGCCUCAAACUCCAGCCAGCCAUCCACGACGAUCAUCUGCCUCUCAUUGUCAUCAUCUACUGAUGCUCCCACUGAAGAUAAGAAGCUGGAAUAUAUUUUGGACGCCUUCAUCGAGCGAAAUAGUUAUUGUGAGUUUUGCAUGUGCCUAAUGACGUGGCAAUAAUUAAGCAGGCCUUUGGGCCAACGGUUGUGAUUAA